GCAACCUCCAGCAGCUGAUACAGGGAGGUGCCCAGGAGGGUGAGGGGCUGUGGAAAUCCUGGCCUAGGGUCAGUGCCACAUUUCACUGUUCUUAUCCUACCUGGUGCUGAUGGCCAGCCAUGGACAGAGCUGCGCCUCUCACCCUUUGAGUUUCUUGAUUGGCUAGGCAGGCAUGAGGCAUUCUUAAAAAUGCUGUUGUUGCAGAUCUCAAUAAAUAGAUGAAUAGUUAUUAGAUGAAAAGAUUGGCCGCUCCUGUGUUGAUAGUCCAGGGGGCUUGCCAAUACCUAGAAUGAAUUCACUGUUUAAGUAUCUGGUAUGCAACUGGUGUUUCCUAGGAGGGGGCAUAACCAUCACAAAUGUUCAGUUAUUAAAUGCAGGGCUUGGAUUCAGCUGGAUGGACCCAUAACUUUUAGGUAAAAGGUAAACAGACACACUGAAAACCCAGGGUAAAAGGGUUGUGUCACUCCCACCAGUGUAGGUGAGAGGGACUGACAUCAGAAAGGAAAUACCAUUUUCCUAUUUUGAGCAGACAAGUGGCAACCGAAACGCUUUCUUUUUCCUACUCUGUAUAGGUGAUUCUACUACUUGUUAAUAUAUCUUUCUCUUCCUUAGCUAUUUGUAUUUCUGUAUCCAAGUACCCACACCAUGCCUUUUCAGAACACUAAGGUCCUGAUUCUCCUUUGCUCUUUAAGCCUUGGCAAAUCACUCACCCCUUUGUGAAUCACAUCGGCCAUCAUGAAAGAGAAAUCCUUGCCUAUGUGUAAGGUAUCUUUUAUACAGUAACUUGGGAUUAAGACCUGUUGCUAAAGUAUGGCAUCUGGAUAUUGUAGAAAAUAUCUGUUAAGAGACAGCUACUGUUGCAUCUGUGCAUCUACUGUUAAAUUUUACAUGCAAGUCAUUUGCUUUUCAGAGUGUAAAAAAAUGGAUUUGGCCAACCAUGGACUUAUACUGCUGCAGCAGCUAAAUGCUCAGAGAGAGUUCGGUUUCCUGUGUGACUGCACAGUUGCCAUUGGGGAUGUCUACUUCAAGGCACACAAAUCUGUCCUCGCUUCUUUCUCCAACUACUUCAAGAUGUUGUUUGUUCAUCAAACCAGUGAAUGUGUCCGUUUGAAAGCGACCGACAUACAGCCAGAUAUCUUCAGUUAUCUUUUGCAUUUGAUGUACACUGGGAAGAUGGCACCACAACUCAUUGACCCAGUUCGACUAGAACAGGGAAUAAAGUUUCUGCAUGCAUAUCCACUAAUUCAAGAGGCCAGCCUUGCAAGUCAGGGAACUUUUUCUCACCCGGAUCAAGUCUUUCCAUUAGCAUCUUCAUUGUAUGGCAUUCAGAUUGCAGAUCACCAGAUAAGACAUCCCACUAAGGUUACGUCAGCAACUGACAAACUUGGGCGAGAACCACGGCCUCAGACAUCACGGAUGAGCCAAGAGCAGGCUUCUGAAGGCUCACAGCUCUCGCAGUUGGGUUCAAAUCUGCCACAAGUGACCCGGACAAAUAUGUCUACUUCUGACCCAUUGCCAUCUUCUCUAUCUCCAGAAUUGGUAUCUGCUGCUGGUAAUAAUUCACCUUCGGGAGAAGAGGCCAAUAUGGAAGCAUCUUCUUCAGAUGAGCAGCCUGCCUCUCUCACAAUAGCACAUGUCAAGCCAAGCAUCAUGAAAAGGAAUGGAAGCUUCCCAAAAUACUAUGCCUGUCACCUCUGUGGUCGCCGGUUCAACCUGCGCAGCAGUUUGCGGGAGCACCUGCAGAUCCACACGGGAGUUCCCUUUGCAUCUAGCCAGCAGGGAGAAAGUAAUAUCUCUUUGUCUCUCUGUAACAACACAGCUGAUAAAGAUGCCAUGGAAGUGCCUGAAGCGGGGAUGAUUAGUGACAGCGAGCUGCAGCAGAUCUCAGACUCCCCAAUAAUUGAUGGGCAGCAGCAGUCAGAGACACCUCCCCCCUCCGACAUCGCAGACAUUGACAACCUGGAGCAGGCAGAUCAAGAGAGGGAGGUAAAGAGACGGAAAUACGAAUGUUCCAUCUGUGGUCGCAAAUUUAUUCAGAAAAGCCACUGGAGGGAGCACAUGUACAUUCACACGGGCAAGCCCUUCAAGUGCAGCACUUGUGACAAAAGCUUUUGUAGGGCUAACCAGGCUGCCAGACACGUGUGCCUAAACCAGAGCAUGGACACAUACACGAUGGUGGAUAAACAGACUCUGGAGCUCUGUACUUUUGAGGAAGGCAGUCAAAUGGACAACAUGUUAGUACAGACCAACAAGCCCUACAAAUGUAACUUGUGUGACAAAACUUUUUCAACUCCCAAUGAAGUAGUCAAACAUUCGUGCCAAAAUCAGAACUCUGUCUUUACACUAGAAGAAGAUCGCUCCAUUCUGUUAGGUGGUGGGGACACAGAAGCCACAGAGACUGAUAAUGCAGUGUUAGCCUCCAUCAAAAAGGAGCAGGAAGCAGUGUUGUUAGACUGAAUGUGAAACCUAUAUCAAUUUUUUAAGUUUCUUUACUCAUUUUUUAUUAAAUCAAUUUUUUCCUCCCCCUACCUCUUACCUCACUUACCCCUACCAUCUUUUCCAGCAACCUCCUUCCCACCCUUUGUCUUCAGCAACCAGAACUGUACUGGCACAUUAGGAAAUUGGACUUUGCCUCUCCCACCAAAACAAACAAAAAGCUCUUGCAUCAAACCACAACAAAAUUGAUUUUAAUACAAAGGAACAUGUGAAAAAACAAUCCAGCUAACUAUGUUGAUAGUAUUAGUUAUUCCAAAUUUAAUAGAUUUUAAACAAAAUUUAGAUUGCUUUAAAGUGUAUUUAGAUACAAUGAUGAGUGUAAUGAGAAACAGAGUAUCAGUUUGGUAAGCAAAGGAUAUAUGUGUUUUAGUUUCCCUGGUAGAAGGCAUUUUGAGAUCUGGCAGAUUAAACACCGUGCUCUUUACAAGUCUGCAUGCAAGUUAAGGUUAUAACCUAAGCCCUCAGAACUUUUCUCAAGUAAUGCAGAAAACUCUGCUCAUUGAGUUAUAAAGAACUGAGGGUGUUGGUUUUCUUUUAGCCGUAUGUUUUCCUUCAAGUAUGCCUUUGGGUAUCUGUUUCAGAGUCAAGCAAAGUCGUUACUUAGUCAAAUUUUGACUUAAGUAGCUGUAAUAGUAAUGUGAUGGCAAUCUUUAUAUAUAUAUAUAUAAAUACUGUAUAUGUAUAAAGAUUUAUAUAUAUAUAAAGUGUCUGUGUAUAUUUGGUACAGGUAAAUAAAUGCACACAUCCUUUUUAAGUAACUGGCCGUCUACUCUCAGAUUCAGCCUGGAAUGUCUUCUAGUUGUUUGACAAAUCUGGUCAUUGCACAGGUUGCUUUUAACCAAAUUUGAAAAGUCCUGAGCUGUGUGCAUUUUUAUUGACCUGUUGAAGAGAAGCCAAUAGGUAAGUGUUGUCACCCAAGCUACCAAGGAAACUAGAGAAGUGGCGUACUGGUGAGCACUGCACCAUCAUUAGUGCAGCACACGUGUGUGUUGUUAGCUAUACAGAGGUUUGAGUCAUUCUGGAUGAAAGGAGAGAGAAAAGCUUUAUUCCCUUACUCAGGCAAGGAAUGUCUGUGAUUUCACUUCGUCUAAUGGCAUGAGUUAAGAGGGAAGAAAAGUGCUGUUCUAGCAACAGGGGAUCAUGGUUGUUUUAAAAUGAAUCUGUAGUGCUGGCUGGGAAAUUCUGCUCUAUGAGAGUCCUGUUAUUUUGAAAGCCAAAACAAAGCCUGCAAAAACUGAAAGGGUGAAUUCUGUAGUUUUAGUUACUGCUGAUGGUAGUACUGCAUCUUUGUGUUAAAAAUCAAGUUGUUGAUUUUUAUUAUUUUAUAUAGAUGCCCAGAUUUUUUGCUGGUAGCCUAAAAACCUAAACUGACAGCAGCAGUGAAGCCCACUGAGCAAUUACUGGGCCAACAGAAGGUGUAAGUGGACAGAAAAAGUACCCCAUCAUAAAUGGAGACGGUGUGUGUUUGGGGGGAGGGGUGGGAGAGGGCAAGUCACAAAUCACAGCUCUUCUCUGUGUAUACGUUUAAACUGAAUAUCAUCUUUUUGUGUAUAGUUAAGUUCUCAGAUUUGUAAGUUUUUAUACAUCAUUUCAUUGAAUAAAAACUGAAUUAAAUGGGAUAUGAUUUAUUGAGUUGAAGGUGAAAGGUUGUUGGUGUUUGGUCUUCCUGGAUGAGCUCUUGCCGAAUCAGUUUAAAAACCAAGCAAUGUAUUCCGUUUAUCAGACUAAAACAUCCAUCACACAGGUGAACAAUGAGCUUAAUAAAACUUAAGGUGGAUUUAGCACAAAAAGUCUCUACGUACUGGAUUUUUUUCCCAGUUUAUUAUAAUGUGACUAUUAUUGUAAAGCUUAUUGUAAGUGAUAUUGAUUUUGUUAUUCUCUUGUAUAAGAGUAAUAGAUUUAAAAUCAAUUUACUUCAAAGUAUAGAAGUCUUUUGAGGUAAAAAAAAAUCUUACAGAAUUUAGUGAUGCCCAUUUUAAAGCUUCUUUAGGAUCUUCAUCUACCAGUAUAAUUUCCUUAAAUGUGGGUUUUAUUUAAUCUUCCUUAGUCCAGAAUGUUCUCAGAGUAGAGAAAAACAAAAGAGCAAACCUUUCCUAGUUCAGGGUAAUGUCUGUUUUUGAGGUAUCUGUGGUUUAGGGUAUAGUCACUAGUUCAUUUCCAAAAUGACUGAAGCUGCUAAAGGUGCUACCACCUCAGAUGUUAGUUACUGCUUUGAUGCUCUUUUUUUUCUACUUUUUUUUUUUUUUUUUUAAAUUCCAGAGCUUCAGUUCUGCUCCGAGACAGAGUACAACAGUUCAGCUCAGCUCCCCAGGUGGCUGGUUGUGUCAGGGUGCACAUGGACACACCAUUUAUUGUGAGACAUUAUUCCUGCUCUCACCUCUCCUCCACUAUUUGGACAUCAUGAUGUUUGCUAAGUUACAUGUUGAAUGGACUCAAGUGAAAACCAACCAGUCCUAAAAAAUGCUAUUUUUCUGUCAAACUGUUCCUUAUUUUAGCUCUGCAGAGAGUUUUGAACAGCUCACAGAUUGUGCAGAGAUGGAGAUGAGCCAGGAAGAGCCUCACUGAAGCCAAUGUUGCUGCUGGCAACAUCCAGGAUGUAGAAGAUGGGAAGUGGUGAUUCCCACUCGGGCAGGUAGCUCCGCUGGAGGGCAGUGUGGCCUUGCAGGCUGAUGUGCUGCCCAGCAAGAAGCAGCAGGGUAGGGCAGGGAACAAGCAACCGUGAAAGGAGUUGGUUAUGACGGUCCUACUGCUACAAGGAACGUGAAAUUGCAGGCUCAGCAGGGAUCCUUUCACCUGUUAAUAUUUAUUCUUAAGAAAUAACACUGUCGAGUAAAGAGAAAAAAAACACAAUAAAGAGACUUUUAAUAUGUG